AUGGUAGACACGCGAGCUAAUGGCUAUACCGAAACCAGCAACAAUGUACGAAACUGUCCCAGGCAUCAACAUGGACCCAUCUCCGUAGGGGCUGACAUCCCCAAUAACCUACGUCAUCAGAUUUUGGAGGAACUAGGGAAAAUAAGGAACAAUCGGCAGAAUGAGAGGACUCGACUCUUUUCUGAGUUUCAGAAGCAGAGGCCUCCAAAGUUCAAAGGCAUACCGGACCCGAAAAUAGCUAAGAAUUGGCUUCGGCAGAUAGAGAAAAUGCUAGACACCAUGGGCAUCACCGACGCCGCUGAUAGAAUCGCUUUGGCAAUAUUCGAGCCCGAUGAUGAGGCUGACCAUUGUAUUAUCCGCCGAGAACGAGUCAAGGAAAUCCAAAACCUGGAGCAAGGAAAUAUGACAGUGACUCAGUAUGCUUCGAAAUUUGAAGAGCUAGCCCGUUACGCAACUAGAUACGUAGCAAAUGAUGAAGAGAAGGCAAGGAUGUUCGAGUGGGGACUGGACCUUACAAUCUGGGGAAGAGUUCUUCCACAACGACUCCCCUCAUAUGCCGAGGUACUGGAAACGGCAUUAGAAUCUGAGAGGGAAGUAAACGACGCCAGGAAAGCUUGGAAUUAG